AUGCUGAACGCAAGAGCUUCUGCCCAGAACCCCGGCGAUCAGGAUAGGGAUCUGAGUGUAGAUGAGCUCUGGUCUGGUGCGGAGAGCGAAACCAACAGUCGUCCCACUUGGAAUGGUUCAAACGGGCUGAAACGAAAGCGUCCGCUUACUGUGUCAUGCGAGCUGUGCAAGCAGAGAAAAGUCAAAUGCGAUCGAGCACAACCUAGUUGUGGCUGGUGUACUCGCAAUGGCCAAUUGUGCGAAUACAAGGAAAGAAAGAAACCUGGCCUCAGGGCAGGGUAUGGAAAAGAGCUAGAGCAACGGUUGGACAAGUUGGAAAAGACCAUUCAGUCGCAAGGUCGUCUUAUCGAAACACACAUUCUUCAGAAUCCCCGGUUGCUCCCUGAUCUGCCUCAAACCGGUCCUUUCCCCUAUAGCUCCCCCUCGGAGCCUUCUGCCGCCCAUGGACCAAGUCCGCACAAUGACUUGUUCCAAGAACCGUCUUCCCUGCCGGCUCAAGAUACCCCAAUUCUCGGCCAGCAUGACUACACGGACAAUGAUUCAUCAUUGAAUGUGCCGGUGAAUUUGUUUUCAAACCAAGUGCGUUCAUUUGCAGAUCCAGAACUUGAACUUCCUCCAUACGACUUAUUGUAUGCACUGGUUGAUCUCUACUUUGAGCACGUCAAUCCAUGGUGCCCGAUCCUUCACCGUCGGACGACCUUGGACAACUUCUUUGGACCAUCCCCUCUGGCCGAGGAAGACCGUAUGGUCCUCUAUGCUAUAGUUGCAACAACUCUCCGAUUCUCCACGGACACUCGCCUCAACGAACAAAACAGGAAACAGUACCAUGACUCGUCCAAACAAAAGGUUCUUCUUUAUGGCCUGGAGAACUCGUCUGUCAAGGCUCUUCAAGCUCUGGUAAUAUUGGCCCUCGAUCUAGUUGGUUCAUCCAACGGUCCUCCUGGAUGGAAACUUCUUGCUCUUAUAACCAGGUCUGUGGUCCAAUUGGGACUAGCGGUUGAGCCGAAGUCUCGUUUGGUUGCUCCUGUUUACCCUUCCAUCUAUACUCUAAGAGCAGUGGUUCUUCCGGAACCAGACUCAUGGAUUGAAGAAGAAGGUAGACGUCGACUGUUCUGGAUGGUAUAUCUUUUGGAUCGGUAUUCCACUAUCGCAACGGCGUUUGAUUUCGCUUUGGAUGAUAAAGAUAUCGACCGCAAGCUUCCAUGCAAGGAUGAAUAUUUCGUCAAGAACCAGCCAGUGGAAACAAGAUGGUUCCGCCAUUCCCAUAACCGAACCGACUAUAUAAAUCGUGCGGAGAAUGUCGGAUUCCUGGGGCUUUAUGUCGAAAUACUAGGAAUUCUCACUCGCAUUCAUCGUUUCUUGAAAAGACCCGUGGAUAUCGGGUCAUUGUCCGAUGUUGAAGAAUGGCAGACAACGUAUCGCAAGCUUGACAGUGAGUUAACCUCAUGGGAGUUUAACCUCCCCAACGAAUAUGCAUACGAGAACUCGUCUCGACUGUUCAGCGGACCAAAGCAUGCUCGGGGUUUACAGUGUGACUGGGUACAGCUCCAUGCUGCUUAUCAAACAGCCGUGAUCCGCCUCCAUUCAUCCGCUGCCUACCCAACAACCCGCUCCCCAAUCUUCACCCCAUCAUACAGCGCCAGCCAACGAUGCCUCCUAGCAGUCGACAACAUCCUCUCCGUAACCCGCCUAGUAGUCAACAACAAACUCCUCGACAAACUCGGGCCCCCAUUUGCCUUCACCCUUUGGGUCUCAGCCCGCCUCUUGCUCGUCCACGGAUCCACCAUUGCGCACAUAGUCAGCCCCGACUUCACCUUUUUCGUCGACACACUCGCCCAAAUGGGCAUGCAUUGGAAAGUAGCAGAGCGCUACAGCUCGAUCCUACACCGCGUACUAGAUGAGUACGGCGAGUACCAGCAAUCUGGUGCAAUAGAUGGCGAGCGCACCACACCGUCCACGGUUAAGAUACUCGCGGAUAUGCGUCGCUGCGCGUUUGAUUUGGAUUUCCUCAUCUCGCGACAACCGCGCUCAUCGCCAGCUAGUAGCAGCCAACCACCGAUGUCGUCGACAGCGGGGCCCUUGCGAAAUCUCGCCCCCAAUGAGCUAGAGUAUCUAGACGUCUUUGGUUUCUUCAAUGUCCCCCGUGUACCUCCCACGCGGGCAUUGGAUAUAGCCAGUCUCGACAUCGAGGGGACAGGUAGCAAUAAUCUAUCGCCUAUGCAUGGGUUAGCUGGAGGAGCGACAGAUCCUGCGGAUGCAGUCGUGGAUGGCCAUUCGUCUAAUAUGAACGACCUGAACAUCACGAAUUAUCUCAUUCCGACUCCGGAGACUGAUUGGUUAUUCCGGCAGACGGGGUGA